GGUCUGCGCGUCCGCGUCCCUCACGCUGUCCUCUAGCAGAUUUUCUUCCGUGAUGGUGGUCGGCGCAGCGGCUUGUAUGUAACAUUUUACUGCCGUUCUGCCAUGACAGCCAGGGGCACAUCGAGUCGCUUCCUUAGAAGUGUGCUGCAAAACGGCGUGGGCCGAUACGUCUGUCAGCUUAAGAGGGUCUCGCUUAUCUUUUCCAAGAACGGACAGGGAUCCCUUGGAGCCAGAGAGUUUAUUGAAGAUGGCGUGGUGGAUUUCGCCAGGAAAAAUCCCGGAGUCGUGGUCUAUGUUUCCCCUCAGCCCGUCCAAGUAGCCAAGAUUGUGGCAGAAUACCUGAAUGGCAGCGUGAGGGAGGAGACCGUCAACAAGAAGACGACCCAGGAGAUUGGAGAGAUACUGGGGCAGCUGGCCAACCAGUCGGGCCUGGACAUCAUCCGCAUCCGCAAGCCCUUCCACACGGACAGCCCCAGCAUCCAGGGCCAGUGGCACCCCUUUGUCAACCGGCCGUCCACCCUGGGCAUGAUCCGACCUCAGGACAGGCAGCCCGAAUGAGACCGAGAGGGGUCUGGAGAAGUACUGUGAAAUAUCGCAGGUCGCAGGGCUGGGUCGAUAUUUUGUCAUGUGACACUCCAACCAUCGAUGGCGCCGCCUUGGGGUUCCAGGUUGUGUGGGGAGUAGCGACUGCGUCUUAGACCUGGAGAGUCGGACACAAUCUAGCAAGUUCCCAGCUUUCUUUGUUUAUUUUCCAUCCCUUUGAGGUGUUCCGCCUGUCCAUCAUGCUCAAAUAAAUUGUUUCCCAACAUCCUGAA